CAAAAAAGCUCUAAUCAGACAACCACAGAACCUGCUAUCAAAACUUGUAUCCCGGCUUUUUGCGCGAAAAAAUAUCCUAAAAUUCCAAUCAAACCAAUUUGCCGAUUCACGAAACUCCUUUUUCAACCACGCCCCCGCCUAUCGGUGUGUGCUUUUUGUGUGUGUAUCCUGCCAUCUCCUUUUGCCAGUGUGUAUUUGUCCCCAGAGGGUGUGUCCCCCGUCGCCGCCGCCCACGCCUUCCAGUCUGAAGGAAAAUAAAUUCCAGCACAAAACAAAACAACAGAAAAAACUGACAAAAAUGUCCGUCUCCUCGAAUGCUUCGUCGGCCUCGCGCAAUGGCAGUGUGGAUGAUAGCAUCACUACCACCACCACGACCACGACCAAUACGGACAGCUCCGAGCUGACGCACAUCCUGAACCGCCGGCAGGAGAUCAUGGAUUCGCAGGAGGCCGGCAUUGAUGUGCCACGCACCUUCAAGGUGGUCAAUGUCUACACCGAAUUCCACGAGUUUUCGCGCAAGCAAAUCAAGGACUAUCAAAAGACCUUCAAUACCUACGACACGGCUCGCGAUGGUUUCUUGGACCUAAAUGAGCUCAAGUUCAUGAUGGAGAAACUGGGUGCACCGCAAACCCAUUUGGGCCUCAAGAAAAUGAUCGCCGAGGUGGAUGAGGACAACGACGGGAAGAUCUCGUUCCGUGAGUUCCUGCUGAUCUAUCGCAAGGCCCAGGCCGGCGAGCUGGACAGCGAAUCGGGUCUGAAUCAGUUGGCCCGUCUCACCGAAAUCGAUGUGGACCAGGUGGGCGUCAGUGGAGCCAAGAACUUCUUCGAGGCAAAGAUCGAACAGCAGCUAAGGACGAACAAGUUCCAUGACGAGAUCCGGCAGGAGCAGGAGGAUCGACGCCGCGAGGAGGAGGAGCGUUUACAGCGCCGGCAGCAGUUCCAGCAGCGGGCGGCGAUCUUCCAAUAAAGACCCUGUCCCCUUUUGUAGUCUAGCGCGUAAUGCUUUUUGGGCGUAGGUUAAACAAAAUGUGGAACUAAUCUUAGGAGGAGCAGGCAGGCAGGCAGAAGCAGGCAUUUUUCAAGCAUCAAGCACAUCACAUACGAGUACUACUGUAAUCCAAUAUCCCAUAUCCAUAUUAAUCGUCCAUAUAUAUACAUACAUGCAUACAUACUACAUAAAACAUACCUACUACAUAGAUAAACGAUCCAUACCAAAUGCCUAAGUUAUACACUAUAAUUAGUUA